UCCGUUACUGACAGCUGCAGUGAAGAAGGCGCGAACGGUUCACCGUCGAACGAACGGAUUUUACCCAUUUUUCCGUGAAAUAUAAAUCCAGGGGUAACCAGUGCCAGGGAAAAUAUUAUUUAAAAGAAGAAAACCUCUAUAACAAUCAAGAUGAGUUGCGGAAUAGCGUGCAUCAAGUACCUCCUCUUCAUAUUCAACUUCAUAUUUGCCUUACUUGGCUUGGGUCUCCUGGCCAUCGGUGUAGUGAUUCACCUGCACGUCACAGACGUCACCGAUCACCUCAGUGAUCAGAUAUCCGAAGCACCUGCGAUUGCCCUGAUCGUGAUCGGUGCGAUAAUAUUCGUGAUUGCAUUCUUCGGAUGUUGUGGAGCGAUUAGGGAGAGCCACUGCAUGGUCAUCACCUUUGCAGUCUUCCUGCUUACCAUCCUCAUCGUUCAAGUGGCAAUCGGUGUCUGGGCUUUCCUAAUAACCAAAGAAGUUCAAUCGGAAAACGGUAUAUCUGGCUUGGAUGACACGUACCGAAAGGUGUUCUCACAAUACUGGGCUGACAAAUCCGAUCGUAAUGCUGUCGACGCGAUCCAGUCGACCUUGAAAUGUUGCGGAAUCGAAUCGCCAAAUGAUUUCGGAAAGAUUGGAAAUUCCACAAUUCCAUGGAGUUGUUGCGGUAAUUCAGAAGGUACUGCCUGUACCGAUCAAUCAUCCAUUUACCAGACCGGAUGCGUCAAGCUCCUUAGUGAAACUCUCAACCAGUUGUACGUUAUCAUUGGAGGAGUCGCUAUCGGUGUUGCUGCAGCUGAGCUGGUCGGCAUUAUCUUCGCGCUUUGUUUGGCAAACUCCAUCAGGAACGACGACCGACGAGGCUACAGAGUUUAAUUAAUUAAUGCGAUCGACUGAGUAUAAAAACAGAACAAAAACAAAAAAAAAAAAUAAAUACAAAAACAAUGAAAACACAAGGUCGAAGUAUACAAGUAUUUAUACUACGUACUUGAGUCUUGUAACGCAUUACGAUCGCCAAUGAAUUUAUUUCUUUUCCUUUCGGUCUCUGUUUUAUCCAUAAUGAGAUAAAAAAUGGAGGAGGAAAAGUCGUGGAUCAACGAUAAACGAAAAAUCGCCAAAAGUUUGAGAAAUAAACUUUUAAAAAUGAGUCUGGGAAAAACAAAAAACUAUUAAAUGUUAGAAAAUGUGUCGGAAUGUGACAAGUCAACCAAAUUGAAUUUGCUAUACACCUCGUCUAUACUUCACAAACAAAAUUUUCGCUUAGCUUUUCCAAUGUACGUAAGUUGAACUGUUAUGAGUUAAAAUACUAUAUACGAAACGCAAAAUAAAAUUGUACGUAUAUUAUACACGAAUAAUUGAUGAAAAUAAUAAUU